GACGAUGAUCAGAACACUUUCCUGUUCAUGAGGAUUCCUCUCGCCUCCGCUGGCCCUCACUUUGCCUCGGGAAACAGUGUGCUCACAUCCAUUGGGUCUUUGGUGAGGGAUUGCCUGGACCCAACGAGGCAGGGUUCCGAAGGACAGGUGUCCGUCUGGGACCCGGUUGGCUACGGUGUCAGUGAGGGGGAAUCGCCUGCUGGAGCUUGGGGUGACAGCUCGAUUAUGCCCUGGGACGGGGCGAGCGAGGGGCUGGAGCUCAGACCCCAGGCACCUGACACUGGAGGAACAGGACGUUGCUGUCUAUAUCUCCAGAGGAAAGAUAUCUGCUUGCUCUGCUUGGCCUGUGCAUCCUGGGCGAUGAAAUGUCUGAGCUCCCAGUCAGACAUGUGGAAAGCAGCUUUGCUGGUGAACUUCAGCGCCAUCUCUGCAGUCAGAUACUUCAGACAACACGUGACAAAAGAGAAAAGCAAAUGUCUUCCGGGUUCCUGGACGUCUGUUGAACAGCCACGAAAAUAACAACCGUCGCAAGACCCUAACGCCACGCACCCAUUGUCAUCUCUCUCUGGUAACACAACUGUUAUCAGGUUGGGGGUAGGGCAGAAAAGCUGCUAGUUAUUUGCUGUAAAUGCUUUGAGAUUGUGGGUUCAAGCGAGUGAAAUCAUCAUCACUCGAGCGCAAUAGUGAGUGGGUGGAUGACGGGGAGAGAGGAGGCAUUGCUGUACUGUCUGAGGAUCUCUCCGUGGGAGACAGUUCACCCAAUGAAUGUGGUAAGUGUUUGGGAGGUUGGUUGGGUUUGAACACCCCCUCACUCUGGACUUUCACUCGUACGUUACGUUAACAAAGUCGCUUAAGUGAGAUGUUGGGCAAAUCACUUACAGCUCAAGCCCAUUUCAGGAGAGGAAGGCAGAAUGAGCAGAGAAAGGAUUCCAGGUCUACGGAAAAGAUCAGACCUGCAUAUUGGGGUCUUAAUUUAGGCAAGACAUCUUAACGGGAUGGAUUCCUUAAUAAAUCGAGCUGCAAAAAAAAGGGGAAAACCUCCUUCCGGGUAUCUGACUUCGCAUCGAUCCACGGGAAUUCUGCUCUAAGCGUGAUCGACUUCGAACAGGAUUAAAAGCGGGUUAAAGAAGGCUGCACGUCAGAGCCAGUUUUUCCCCCCCCUCCCAAAACCUUUUCAGGUGAGGACCGAGCGAGCACCAGGGCAAGCAGUAACUGCACUCAGCCACGCUACAUCAUUACACUCCAUCGAUUAACUAAACCGUGAGCUGCUCACGUAACACAAUCAAAUUCCACGCCCGGUGACCCUGUGGAAUAGAUGUUGAAAUCAGCGAUACACAGAGGCACAAGAGAGAGACACACACACACACACACACACAGAGAGAGGAAAACCCUCUAAUCUGUCCUCACAUUUCUGCCGUUGAGAGUGCCGCAGUUUAGGCCCAGUGGCGCUGGGCUGGAAACGGGAGGUGAACAGAUACUCUGAUCUCCUAAUCCCUCUUUCUUCCCAGAAUAGUGCAUUGAAACAGUUUCCUGACAAUCACUGACCGACUGACUCAUACGAUAGGUGAUGAGCUCAGCCGAGCUUGAGUCAGCGACGACGGGAGAGAAAUAACACGCAGUAAAACUCCUGCUAUCUCAACCCUGGCUUAACUUGUCACUACCGCUUAAGUCCAUCAUACUGUUAAUCUCUGUUUACCCAGCAGUAAGUAGGAC